AGAAAAGUCUUUUUACAUACGACGCGCACGCGUUGACAGCAUGUUAAUGAACGUCGGGGAGUGAAAUAAGAGCGUCUUUUUUUAAACGACGUAAAGUUUUGUUUCAGUAUUUUGAGGAAGGAAGUCAUUUUUACAGUCGAGAAUGUCGGAGCCUGCAGAGCUGCUGCUGAUCAAGGACCAGUAUGAACUGGCCUUCCACUGCCUUAGCCGUGGCCUGUCCCUGGAGGAGGGCGGCGACUCGGCCAAGGCUGAGGAGUACUACCGGAAAGGUCAACAGCACCUCAUGCAAGGGCUGGGGGUACCCACUGGGGGGCCACGUCAGACGGGGCCAUUGUGGGAGCGAGCCAGAGAGCUGCAGCAGAGGAUGAAGGGCACACUGGCAACCGUCAGCACACACAUCUCUGACCUGGGAUCUGCGCACACGCCCCCUCCUGGCCAGAGGCAACGAUUGCUCAUGGAGCUGACCCCCAGUCUUUAUCCGCUGCUGCCCGCCCACAGCCCCCUCCAGCACCUGUACCCCUCCAUACCUCCUGCCUCUCAGGGACCUGCCGCUGCCGCCGCUGCUGCUGCUGCCAUAACCGCCGCUGACCCAAACACACUCCCGCCGCUCCCGGCUAGGAAAACACAACCCACCAUGUCUGAGUCCCAGGUUCAGCCUCCGGCAUACACCCCUCAACCCGCAGACGGCCACCACAGUCUAGCACACACUCCAGCGCCAGGGGAGUGGAGCGGAGCCGGACUGGAGAAGAGGAACGAGCUGCUGUUGAUCCCCGCGGGGGUGCAGAUGUUCUUUGUGGCCCCCAGUGGGCAGGUGAGCGCUCUCUCACACCCCGGAUACCUCCGCAUUGUCACAUUUGAACCCCAGCACCAGGAUCCACCUGAUGGACGGGGGCCGUUCUUUCUGGAUGUGUGUGGCUGGUUGUACUCACUCAGCCCGCAAAUGCCGGUGCUGCUGGCCAGCUCCGAGAUCUUCAUGUUCCCGGACACAUUGGCGUCUGUGCCGGGCGCCUUCAUCGGCAUCGUGCUGUCAUCACAGCUUCCCGCCGCCGAUCGGGAGAUGUUUCAGGACCUCAUGAAGCAGCUGACGGACUUCAGGGUGCAGAGUCCGGACAGUGUGGGGUCAGAGGUCAUCAGCCUGAGUCAAACGGUACCCCUUGGCCCCCAGGUGUUGUUGCCGGGGAAGGACAAAGCACCACUUCCUACUUGGAGUGAGAAGAUGGGCGAGGGAAUCUUGUCAGGCGCAACCCGUUUGGGUCACGGGUUGGUCAGAGGGGCAGAGGCCACCACGAGGGCCAUUAACAAGGGGGCACUGAAAAUCCGGGAACGCCUCACGCCGGAGGACACACCCUCCGAGGUCAGCCCACACGUCUCCAGAAGCCUACAGGUGGCCAAACAGGCGACAGACGGCGCCGUGCGUGUCAGCCAUUUCUUGGUGAACGGAGUGAGCACGGUGGCGGAACAUCUAGCAGAGAAGGUGGCCCCUCACCUGAAGAAACACGGCGCCAAGUUGAUCCCAGAGUCCAUGAAGGGCAAAGAGGGGGAACCUUCCAAUCUGGAGGGAGCCAAAUUUGUGGCACUCAGCAGCCUCCAAGGUUUCUCUGCCGUGUGGACCAGUUUGGAGAUGGGAGCAAAGCUCGUCGGCACAAGUGUCACGUCGGAGACUGUGCAGACGGUGACGUACAAGUACGGUGAUGAUGCAGGCCAAGCCACAGACACGGCUCUGCAGUCUGCGACCAACGUCGCCGUGACAGCGCACAACAUUGACAAUUUGGGCAUCAAAGCCAUCAUGAAGACGACGGGCAAGGAGGCAGCCAAGGCCAUGUUCAAAAGGUCGGAUGCAAAGAAUACAGACGACCAGCAGGAGACGGCAAUACCUGAACAGGAAGCAGCCAAGGACACAGCGGACAAAGAUGUGAAGAACAAGAAGGUGGAAGAGGGCAAAAAAUAGACUUGAUGUGCAUACUUAACUGUUAGAGAAGCCUUUUCUGACUUGUAUGAAGAUGGAAAUAAUUGAGAAGUUAAGGUAGAAUGUUAUGAUUCACUCACUUUGUCUUUCUUGAUUAUCCUCACUUUUACACAACAUAAUUAUUUAAAAACGGACUCAAUGGACACAAGAUUUGGUACACAUGCUUUUUCUCAAGUAGGGGUCUCCAACUGUCCUAUCUAGUCAAGCUACUUUGACAAAACAAAAGGAGAGGUGUUUACUGUAUGUUUUGACAAGCAACAUUUCAAUUGUUAAAACUUAAUUGACAAAGCAGAUCUCCACUUAAAUCGGUCAUUGCCUUUCUGAUCUGUUGUGGUCAGUUGUCAUUAAAUAGAGGAAUCCUGUCUGAAUUGAACAGUCAUAACAAUUCCACGAGUUGAAACAUCUUUGAUGUUUUAGUGAGCUACUCAAAAUCAGGUGGAGAGCUAGCAAAAGUUUGCAAGCUACCUUUUGGGGAUCCCUGAUCUAAUGACAUCAGUUACAAAACCUAAACAUAAUUGUUAAUAUACCUAUGUUUAAAUGUAUACAUGAUAGUAUGGACUGACAAUUGUUAUCCUUGUAAGAGCAGAGUUUUUGCAUGGCUGUCAUUUGAUUGACAAUCAGAUGGUUCAAUGAGAAUACACCUUACUACUAAUAAUACAAAUGAAAAAUAAAGUCUUUAU